UUUCUACAAAAAAAAAGAAUCGCACACACAUGUCGAAAUAAGGACCGAAGGAAUAACUCAAUCGAAAAUGAAACUCUCGGAUAUAAAAAAGUGCAAAGUGCCGGAACUACGAUCCAAACUCAAGGAACUCGGACUGGACCCAAAGGGGCUGAGGGCUGAACUUAUCGGGCGGUUGUGGUCCGCGCUGGAGGCAGGACUUCAGAUCAGUCUCCCAUCGAUCGAGAGCGACCGAGACAGCAGAACUAAUGCCUGCAAGGUGGAGGUCGGCCCACACAAUGACAUCCCACCAUCGCCUUUGGAAACGGAUACUCACCACAUUGAUGUCACGUCGACCUCAGCCCCCGUCGCCACCAUGACGUCCUCUUACAUCUCAUGCUCUAUCAGAGAGUACGCAGACACCGCCACGCAGACAGACACUGCCCCUCAGACAGACACUGCCCAUCAGACAAUAGACUGUAGUUCCAUGUCAACACGGCCGGUGGACCACCACGCCAUGGUCGGGGAGGGUGGGCUUUCAGCGGAGCGACCAACCCCCCUGCUCGAAGAAGACCCGGCGCAGGGUCAGACAUCACUACAUGUCCAUGACAGUGAAUUCAGAUUAGCAGAUUCGAGCCAGGUGCCUGUUUCUCGAGACGCGGAGGAGGAGGAAGAGUCCCAGAGCUGGCAUGGAGAGGAGGGACGCACCGGGAUUGCCAGAGACUCGACCCGGUGGGGAGAGAUGGGAAGGGCUUUCUACGAAUUCAAAGAGGAGAUCCGCUACAAAAGAGCCAAAUUCACACCGCCUACCUAUAAGACAGAACGAGAAGUUGUGGAAGAGGAGAACGAAAGUGUCCGAAUAGAUACGUCGGCCAGCGACCUGCACUUUGAGACAGACCCCGACGGCAGCAGCGGCCGCCCUCUGUUCCCGGAGCGGUUCCCCCUGCUGUGGUCGGGCUGCAGGCUGACCCACGGCCUGCGGGGGGGCACCAGGGCCAGCUUCGAGGUGAGGCUGGAGGGGGAGGCCCACGCCCCGGCCGCUGCCCUCCCCGGCGGGCAGGCCGCAGCGGAGCCACGGCCGGACGCACUUCGCCUGAGGGUGGGCUGGGCCCCGGACACCAAGGCCUUACCGCUGGGUGAGGAUGAGCUGUCUUAUGCCUACGAUGGGCGGGGCAGGAAGGUUACCGGGGGUAGGGAGGAGGCGUUUGGCGAACCACUCUCAGACGGCGAUAUCAUUGGCUGUUACCUACUGUUUUCCGCAGACGGCGUGGCAGAGAUGUCCUUCCAUAGAAACGGGCGUCCGAUGGGCGUGGCCUUUUGUCUGGGCCCCUCGGUGCUGGGGGGCAAAACACUGUUCCCCCAUGUCCUCUGCCGGGGCUGCUCUGUCAGGUUCCGGCUGGACCCCUCUGGGGGCCCCUGGUACCCUGGUCCCCCCGGGGACACCCCCCUGGUGGCUCUGCCGGCGGCCGACAGGGUGCGGGCCCCUCCAUGCCCUCGCUCCAGAGCAGACUGUGAGGUGAUCAUGAUGGUGGGUCUGCCUGGUUCUGGGAAGAGCCACUGGGCCAGGGUCCUCAUGGACCAGCACCCGGAGAAACGCUACCAGCUGCUGGGCACAGAGACGCUCACAGCCAGCAUGAUCGGUGAGGGUCAGAGGGAGAGGCAGUUGCAGCAGGCCUCUCAGUGUUUGACCGAGCUGAUCAAGAUGGCUGCUCGCAAACCAGGAAACUACAUCCUGGACCAGCUCAACGUCUUCGUCUCGGCGCGGCGCCACAAGCUCCAGCUGUUCGCGGGCUUCCAGCGGGCGUUGGUGGCGGUGGUCGUCCCGCCCACAGAGGAGUGGAGGAGACGGCUGGCCCUGCGCCAGGCCCAGGACGGCGAGCGGAUCCCCGACACGGCCCUCCUCAAACUCAAAGUGAGCUACAGCCUGCCCGAGCCCCAGGGGGAGGGGGUCCUCCAGGAGCUGCUCUUCGUGGAGCUGCCCCAAGAGGAGGCGCGGGCGCUCCUCCACACCUACAGAGAGGAGGCGCAGCGCCUGCUGCCCCCCGUCCCUCCACCACAGAAGAAAGCCCGCCUCCGGAAGAACAGAGGCUUCGGCCCGCCCCCUUCUCACGGCCACCAAUGGAAGAGGAGAUACGCGGGAAGUGAAAACGUGUUCCACCGGCAAGCCUGGGGACCACAGCCCAUAUUUUGGAACUCCAGCCAUCCAGGCCAUGGAUCUUACUACAACACAGCUGUUGGCUACAGCGGUUACCAGGGUCACUGGUAACCCCCCCCAAACACACUAAGUCCACUGGAUUCACGGCAGGGAUGUUGCAAGCAGAUGGUAGCUGGUUGAGGCCGACUGAGUUUUUCGGGGUUUUAAAUCUACAGUGCAUACUUUAAUAUUUUUAAGAUUGUAAUAGUAUUGAUCCAAUGUCUUUAAGAGAUUGCCUGUGCAUACUACCUGCUCUGACUUUUUUAUUUCUAGCUUGAUUUGCAUAAAGUCAUGUGAAGGUUUUCUGUAUAACUAUUCUAAAAACAAAUCAAUUAGUAGAUUUUUAUUCCUUAAAACAGUGCAAUUUUUAAAAUGUAUUUCAUUAGUAAGAAAUUGUACAGAUCUUUGUAUGUAAAAAGAGAAAAGCCCAAAAAGUAUUAAAACCAUAACAUUUGGCAGAUGAACAUCA